AUGGCGGACAUUAGCAAGGACAUUAUUCCGGCAAAAAAGAGGAGAACGGAGGUAUCUACCGAUCUCUGCGACAAAGUUCUACAGCUUGAGCGAGAUCUAUGUUGCAAUCUUGACUCACUGAAGUUUUCUACUCCUGUUACACACAUUUAUAACCCUUUAAAAUAUGCUAAAGAAACACACGAAGACUACAUGAGAAAGUUCUGUAAAGAUGGACAAAAAGUGCUCUUCUUGGGAAUGAAUCCAGGUCCUUUUGGGAUGGCGCAGAACGGGGUAAGCAAAAAAAUAGCCACAUGUUCAUUGCGUCACUUCUUAUCUAUCAAAACUUGACCAGCGGGUUUGCGCCCCUCUGACAUUUGGACGUUUGUACUGUGGUGGAGGGAGGGAAAGGUUGCAGUAAAAAUAUAAUAGGGGCAAGGGACUUCAGGGGAGGAAUUAUACCCUCCUGUAGGGCGAGUGAAAACUUUUGCCAGAAGUUAAGGUCAAUCAUCUUUAUUUAUAGAAUGACACUAAUUAAGGAGUCAGUGUCUGAAGAUCACCGUCCCGCAUGAAGCCCCCCUCCUCCCCCCCACCCCCACCAAUCCUGAACCUUCUGACUCUAGAAAGGGUUUCAUACUAUCCUGUUCUAGGCUCUGAGAUAGUUGAGUCUGCAAAGUUAAGAAAGCAUGAACACAAAAAUAAAGCGGGAGGAAACUGGGGAGAGGGAGCUCUCCCUUUUUCCCGCCCCUGCCCCCCUUUUUCCAGAUUACACACUCUUGUUUUUGUGUGCCUUUCACUUAUGCGUCAUCCAUACUAUCUGAAAGCCUGGAACAGACUGAUUUUGUGUGAAAUAGAAAGCAGACACAAGAAUACCAUAGUGCAGUACUGUUCUGAGAUUAUUAAUGAAAACAAGUUGGAGUAAAUUCUUACAAUAAUGUUAUGUGCAACUUCAUUCAUGGAGCUAGGCCAUCAUCAAACCCUGGAUCAGAUCAAACCCUGUAAACCCUUGAAUGGUACACCCAUAAAAAAUGACAGAAUACCUGAAACAGGUCCCCCAGGCGUCUUGGCAAAUUUAUUCAAAACGGUAAAGGCUUCUUUUGACGUUUUUUUUUAAAGGAUUGAAAAAUCAUCGAACUCUUUUAAUGACAAAAGGUUGGGAAUAGGAUUACAUGGGCUAAUCAUAUCUGGGUUUUUUUGACACCAAUUCAUGUCUCUGUUAAAAUAAUUAUAACAUUAUGGUCAACUAAUGAUUAAAUGAACACCAGUCAUCAGUGGUGAAUCUAAACCUUGAGGACAGAGAGAGGCACCUGUCUAGCCGAAAUAAAGUAUUUCAGUAUCCUUCCCUUUAGGCCUUAGGCUCCUUCCCUAGAUCCAUCACUGUCCAGUGGGGGAUCUAGGGGAGCCCCCCCCCCCCUUCCUGGAUCGCAAAAUUUUUUUGGAGACUGGGCCUCCCCUUACCUAGGGAUCUGGUUGACCAGCCCCCCCUUUAUCUCAAGGUCUGGAUCCGGCACUGCUCUCCAUGGUACAGUCAAGUCUUGGACGCUCUUUGUACCACUCCAAAGUGCUUAAGUUUCAGUUGUCCAGACUACAAGCAUUUUUCUUAGCGUGAGUUGCAGUCGAAUGACUAAAGAACAGCAGGGUCCUUGCUUGGUAUAGGAAGUUUACUGUAUUAUCUUAUGGCUCUGUUGCAUAUUAUGCUUUUUGACCAUUCUCAAACAAACUUUUUGAUGUUUACCAGUGAGUGAAGUCCAGUUUUCUUUGGACAGGUCCCUUUUGGAGACACAAAACAUGUCAAAGAGUGGCUCCAAAUUGUAGGACAGGUGAAUAAACCAGAGAAAGAACACCCCAAGAGACCAAUCCACGGCUUAGACUGUGAACGAGGUGAAGUCAGUGGAAGCCGGCUAUGGGGCUUUAUCAAGGAACAGAGUAAAUCUCCAGAAAAAUUUUUCCACAGUUGCUUUAUUCAUAACUAUUGCCCUCUGGUUUUUAUGUCAUCAAGUGGAAAGAAUAUAACCCCACCUCAACUACCAAAGCGAGAAAGAGAGCAACUCUUGGAAAUUUGUGACAAUUCCCUGGCAGAGUUUGUUAAACUUUCUGGGGUAAAGAUAGUUGUUGGGGUAGGAAAGUUUGCAGAGGAAAGAGCUCACAAAGCUUUAAAAGACUUCAACGUUGAAAUUUAUUCAAUAAUGCAUCCUAGUCCCGCCAGCCCAGCUGCAAAUGCUUGCUGGAGUGACAUUGCUUUGAAGCAGUUAACAGAUGUGGGGUUAACCAGUUACAUAAGAAAUGAAAAGUUGUAA